AUGCCAGCCAAGUAUACCCGACUUGACAUUGACAAAUGCAUCUUCCUCUUCGUGAACCACGAGCCAGGUCUGAUCAAUCUCGUCCGCGACUUCCAACAACAUGAAUUCCAGAGGAAUGUAAUGGCCCUUGCCAAAGUUGCUCAGUACUACAAAUCUCCCAGUGUGUUGACGACCUUGUUCGACACUGGUCCAAAUGGACCCAUUGUCAAGGAGAUCACCGACUACCUCCCGGAUGCGCCCCUGAUCCGCCGUCCUGGACAGAUUAAUGCAAUGGAUAUUGAGGACUUUGUGAAUGAGAUCAAGAAGACUAGCCGGAAGCAGAUUGUGAUCAGCCUCAUUGGGCAAGGCUACGAUGUGUUCGUUGUGACCGAUGCCACAGGCACUUUUGCAGAAUAUACGCGCGAGGCAGCGCACAAACACAUGGUAGCAGCCGGUUGUCAACUGCUCAACUGGGCGGCUGUUGCGGGCGGGCUUCACAGCGAUUGGCGGCGGGAUAUUGAGGGCUUUGGAGCUAUCUGGACUGAACAUAUUCCUGGAUAUUGGUGCGUGAUGCAGAGUUACCAAGCAGCUCAGAAGGGCACGGAGUAA